ACAAACAUGAGGUGCAUAUAUAGGCAUGCUUGUGGAACACAGUUAGGUCUCCUGAAGAGUUUUUUAAAUCUGAGGUUGGUACACAGAAGUGCAGGCAAAAAUGAAGAGUUUCUUAUUCAUGCUGAUGCUCUAUGGAGACGUUUUGUUUGCUUCUUCCAUUGCUACAGAAACUGAACAAGUCACAGGAGAAGACCUGCAGUUUGCUGAGAAUUAUCUGGACACCUACUAUCCUCAACGAGAGCCAAUACCGAUCUUGGGAAGCAAAGGCAAUAAUGUAAUUGCUGACCAAACAGAGCAGGCACCAGAAUUCUUUGGAGGGAAUAUGACCAGCUUCUUGGAUAUGAAGAAGAGCCGCAGAUGUGGGGUUCCUGAUAUAGAUGAACACUUCUUAUUUAGAAGGGUUCCAAAAUGGUCAAAGAAAGACCUAACGUAUAAAAUUAUGAACUACACGCAAAAGAUGACUCGUGCUGAUGUAGAUGAUGCCAUUAAGAGAGCCUUUAAAAUGUGGAGUGAUGUGACUCCCCUGACCUUCACUGAGUCAAAGAGGAAUUCUGCAGACAUAUUGAUUUAUUUUGGGGCUGGAAUUCACCAUCCAGACGACUGUCCCUUUGAUGGGGAAGGCGAAGUGCUGGCUCAUGCUUUCCCACCAUACGAUACUAUGGCUAUUAGAGGUGAUGCCCAUUUUGAUGAAGAUGAAAACUGGACAGCUAAGAAAACAAAGGAAGGAACCAAUCUUUUUCUUGUUGCUACCCAUGAGUUUGGCCAUUCACUGGGUCUUUUCCAUUCUAAAAUUAAGGGUGCUGUGAUGUAUGCAAGUUAUGAUCCCAGAAGCUAUAAGUUUGCCGUACCUUCAGACCCCAGAACCCUAAGGCUUCACCAAAAUGAUAUUGAGAACAUCCAGUCUCUUUAUGGAUGUCCAAAAGACGGUCCAUGUUUGGCAAGAAAAAAUCCAGCAGAACAGGAGUCAUUACCAAAGAUUUGUAAUAGCUUCCAAAGUUUUAAUGCUGUCACCACUUUCCAAGGAAAACUUCUCUUCUUUCAUAAACGGAUCAUCAUAAUAAAGGAUCAUAGGAAAAGAUAUCCUGAAAUAAAACCUAUUUCUAACUUCUGGCCAAUUUUGAAAUGUGGCAUCGAUGCUGCUUAUGAAGCUGAAGGCAUCUUGUAUCUUUUCAAAGGAAGGAAGUACAGAACUGUCAGUGGAACUGAUAAACAGCCAAGUGAUCCAAAGACCUUCGACACCCUGCGUUUCCCUAACAGAGUUUCAAAAAUUGAUGCUGCAGUUUAUGAUAAGAAAACAAAGAAAACAUUGUUCUUUUCAGAAGAUCGGUACUGGAAAUACGACCAGAAAAAGAUGUCUUUGGAAAAGAACUAUCCAAGAAAAAUAGCAGUUGACUUUCCCAGAAUUGGCCCUCAGGUGGAUGCUGCUUUUCACCUUAAUGGACGUUUGUAUUUAUUCCGUGCCGCCUAUCAAUUUGAGUUUGACAGCCGACACAAACUUCUUUCUAUAAAGCGGAAUGACCAUUGGCUUGGCUGCUUGUAGCAUGGAGGAAAGAAGUAGCUGGGGACAGCGAGGUCCUUCCUUGUUGCACACUGCAUCAAGCACGAAGUGUCUUGCUGACCGAUGGCACUUGUUGGCAUGAUAUAUUUUAAAAUACUAGCUUAGUCUCUCUCUCCCUCUCCCUCUCUUGUACUGCAAAUAUAAAUGCUUACUCAUCAUGUGUAUUUAGUAAUCGAUAUG